AUGGCGCCUGCUGCAUCACGCUUUGCAGCCACAGGCCUGGCUUUGGGCCUGGCUUCCACCUUCGUUGUGCCCAGCACACCCAGCACCAAGCCGGUUGGUACAGUUGGUGCUCUUCGAGGCGCAGCCGUCGAAACGAAUCCCACUGUCAAGUCGACUCAUCUCGCUGCGUUGGCGGCUGCUUCUGUCAGCCUUGCUGCUGUGGGUGCCGGCGUUCGCCGCACCAGUACUAAGGCAACCUUCCAGCCUUCGCAGCAGAUCGGCGCAAGCGAACCACUUGGUUUCUUCGAUCCGUUGGAGUUUACCAAAGUGGGUGAUGAGCAGGGUUUCAGGAAGCUGCGAACAUCUGAGAUCAAACAUGGUCGAUUGGCAAUGAUGGCCUCCAUUGGCCUUGUGGCCCAGCACUAUUGGAAGCUUCCUGGUUUCGAGAACUUGCCUUCAGGUUUCUCCGUCUUGGGCACGCAAGAAGGUUUGCUUGGUCUGUUUGCUCUCUUCUUGGUUUCUGGCUGCUUGGAAAACUCAUGGAGAGAGGAUCCCAACGGAGCAAAGGAGCCUGGCAACUUUGGCGACCCUUUUGGCCUUCAGAUGUACACCCAGGACAUGAGAAUGAAGGAGCUUAAUAAUGGAAGGAUGGCCAUGAUUUCUGUACUUGGGAUCUUUGCUGCAGAAAUGGUGAGUGGCAAAGAUGCCAUCCAGCAGUUUGGUCUUCAGGCUCUCGGCCGUGGUCAGCUUCGGUCAUCCGGCAGCAGCUUCACUGGCAAGACAUCCGCCCAGUCCGCUCAGUCGCAGUUUGUGACGCGCAGAGCUUUCCAGCCUUCGCAGCAGAUCGGCGCAAGCGAACCACUUGGUUUCUUCGAUCCGUUGGAGUUUACCAAAGUGGGUGAUGAGCAGGGCUUCAGGAAGUUGCGAACAUCUGAGAUCAAGCACGGCCGAUUGGCAAUGAUGGCCUCCAUUGGCCUUGUGGCCCAGCACUAUUGGAAGCUUCCUGGUUUCGAGAACUUGCCUUCAGGUUUCUCCAUCUUGGGCACGCAAGAAGGUUUGCUUGGUCUGUUUGCUCUCUUCUUGGUUUCUGGCUGCUUGGAAAACUCAUGGAGAGAGGAUCCCAACGGAGCAAAGGAGCCUGGCAACUUUGGCGACCCUUUUGGCCUUCAGAUGUACACCCAGGACAUGAGAAUGAAGGAGCUUAAUAAUGGAAGGAUGGCCAUGAUUUCUGUACUUGGGAUCUUUGCUGCAGAAAUGGUGAGUGGCAAAGAUGCCAUCCAGCAGUUUGGUCUUCAGGCUCUCGGCCGUGGUCAGCUUCGGUCAUCCGGCAGCAGCUUCACUGGCAAGACAUCCGCCCAGUCAGCUCAGUCGCAGUUUGUGACGCGCAGAGCUUUCCAGCCUUCGCAGCAGAUCGGCGCAAGCGAACCACUUGGUUUCUUCGAUCCGUUGGAGUUUACCAAAGUGGGUGAUGAGCAGGGCUUCAGGAAGUUGCGAACAUCUGAGAUCAAGCACGGCCGAUUGGCAAUGAUGGCCUCCAUUGGCCUUGUGGCCCAGCACUAUUGGAAGCUUCCUGGUUUCGAGAACUUGCCUUCAGGUUUCUCCAUCUUGGGCACGCAAGAAGGUUUGCUUGGUCUGUUUGCUCUCUUCUUGGUUUCUGGCUGCUUGGAAAACUCAUGGAGAGAGGAUCCCAACGGAGCAAAGGAGCCUGGCAACUUUGGCGACCCUUUUGGCCUUCAGAUGUACACCCAGGACAUGAGAAUGAAGGAGCUUAAUAAUGGAAGGAUGGCCAUGAUUUCUGUACUUGGGAUCUUUGCUGCAGAAAUGGUGAGUGGCAAAGAUGCCAUCCAGCAGUUUGGUCUUCAGGCUCUCGGCCGUGGUCAGCUUCGGUCAUCCGGCAGCAGCUUCACUGGCAAGACAUCCGCCCAGUCCGCUCAGUCGCAGUUUGUGACGCGCAGAGCUUUCCAGCCUUCGCAGCAGAUCGGCGCAAGCGAACCACUUGGUUUCUUCGAUCCGUUGGAGUUUACCAAAGUGGGUGAUGAGCAGGGCUUCAGGAAGUUGCGAACAUCUGAGAUCAAGCACGGCCGAUUGGCAAUGAUGGCCUCCAUUGGCCUUGUGGCCCAGCACUAUUGGAAGCUUCCUGGUUUCGAGAACUUGCCUUCAGGUUUCUCCGUCUUGGGCACGCAAGAAGGUUUGCUUGGUCUGUUUGCUCUCUUCUUGGUUUCUGGCUGCUUGGAAAACUCAUGGAGAGAGGAUCCCAACGGAGCAAAGGAGCCUGGCAACUUUGGCGACCCUUUUGGCCUCCAGAUGUACACCCAGGACAUGAGAAUGAAGGAGCUUAAUAAUGGAAGGAUGGCCAUGAUUUCUGUACUUGGGAUCUUUGCUGCAGAAAUGGUGAGUGGCAAAGAUGCCAUCCAGCAGUUUGGUCUUCAGGCUCUCGGCCGUGGUCAGCUUCGGUCAUCCGGCAGCAGCUUCACUGGCAAGACAUCCGCCCAGUCCGCUCAGUCGCAGUUUGUGACGCGCAGAGCUUUCCAGCCUUCGCAGCAGAUCGGCGCAAGCGAACCACUUGGUUUCUUCGAUCCGUUGGAGUUUACCAAAGUGGGUGAUGAGCAGGGCUUCAGGAAGUUGCGAACAUCUGAGAUCAAGCACGGCCGAUUGGCAAUGAUGGCCUCCAUUGGCCUUGUGGCCCAGCACUAUUGGAAGCUUCCUGGUUUCGAGAACUUGCCUUCAGGUUUCUCCGUCUUGGGCACGCAAGAAGGUUUGCUUGGUCUGUUUGCUCUCUUCUUGGUUUCUGGCUGCUUGGAAAACUCAUGGAGAGAGGAUCCCAACGGAGCAAAGGAGCCUGGCAACUUUGGCGACCCUUUUGGCCUCCAGAUGUACACCCAGGACAUGAGAAUGAAGGAGCUUAAUAAUGGAAGGAUGGCCAUGAUUUCUGUACUUGGGAUCUUUGCUGCAGAAAUGGUGAGUGGCAAAGAUGCCAUCCAGCAGUUUGGUCUUCAGGCUCUCGGCCGUGGUCAGCUUCGGUCAUCCGGCAGCAGCUUCACUGGCAAGACAUCCGCCCAGUCCGCUCAGUCGCAGUUUGUGACGCGCAGAGCUUUCCAGCCUUCGCAGCAGAUCGGCGCAAGCGAACCACUUGGUUUCUUCGAUCCGUUGGAGUUUACCAAUCUUUUCUGAUGAGGAAUUGUGUAUUCCCAUUCUCAAUGAGCCUGUGUCGGUACAGGCACCUUGGGCCUCGGCCCUCUUGUUAUGGCCUAGUGCCCCGUGCUCGGGUGUUAGGUCCCGCCUGCGUGGUGGACGACAGAAUAAUAAUGGAAGGAUGGCCAUGAUUUCUGUACUUGGGAUCUUUGCUGCAGAAAUGGUGAGUGGCAAAGAUGCCAUCCAGCAGUUUGGUUUCUGAGCAGGGUUCAAUUCAUGAAUUUGAUCAGAUUCGUAUAGUACAAGGCUAAUCUGGCUUAGUGCUUAGCGUUCUUCAUUGAUUGCAUUGCAUGCCGUGCACAGUUUUCAAUUUUCAGUUGUCCCUGCAACAAAUGCAAGAGGGCGCGGGUGUUUCCCAAGUUUCGACCUGAGAAUGAACGAAAACUAAGUGGUUGACC